UUACGUGCCAAAAUGUAAGUGCAGGGUCAGUGGAUUUUUACUAAAAAGGUACCAAAAUACGCAUUACCUAUCCAACAGUAGCAGUAUACUGCGCCUGAUGUCCAAUGGCGGGCACCGAUGGCGAUAACGAUGGGCUUAGUCUUUUCGAUAUCGUCUGGGAAGAUGUGCUGUAUGUAAAACUGUUUCCACUGCUUUCACUGAAAGAUCUGUUCAGCCUGCGGUGCUGCUCCCAGCUAGCGAAAACAUUCGUCGACAACGGCUUCCAUCGUUUGCGCGAGAUAAAUCUGUCCGGCAAUAAUUCGCCCCAGCUCGACCAAGCGUUCCAAGUGUUAGCUACGAAUUGCAGCAAUGUCCGUGUGCUCAACCUGGCCCGCUGCCACUGGGUGCAAGAUGGUAUUCUCUUCCCGUUUCUUCAGAAAAAUCGACGACUGGUGAAAAUUAAUCUUAGCGAUUGUAUGAACAUAACACCACGCUCAUUGCAGCCGGUGAUCGUGGGAUGUAAGCAGUUGACAACGCUGAAACUGUCCCACUGCCACUGGCUGACGAUCGGUGCCAUGGAGGCCCUGACACUACACCACACCAAAAUCCAAGAGCUAGACGUUUCGCACUGCGCCGCGUUGAAUGAAAGGUGUAUUUCAGUGUUUCUGUUAAAUUGCCGGAUGCUGAAGACGUUAUCGUUGUCAAACGUCCCUGCCGUAUCGGAUAAUCUGCUCAUUGCAAUUGCGAAACACUCUAAAUUCAUUAAAAACCUGAACCUAGUAGGUUGCUACAUGAUAACGGAUCGUGGUAUUGGAGCGCUGGCGCUUUGCUGCAAAGAACUAGAAUCACUUAUGGUACGGGAUUGUCCCCAAGUGACCGAACGAAGUUUAGAACUGAUGCGGGGUCGCGUAUUUAUCGAUCGCCCUCGUGUGUACCAACCGGAUAUGAAUAUGGUCCCGAAUAUGGGAUUCCCAAGGCUGUUCUUGCAGGUUUAGAAAAUCCAAGCAUGUAGCAGACA